AUGGCUAAAAUAAAGAGCAAAUACACAGACGAAACUCUCAUUAAUAAAUUAAUUAUUUUCUUUGUCUUUUCUGUUUGUUAUUAUUUUAUUUGCUGUUUUUAUUUUCUUGAGCUUUUUCUUUCUUUCAUUCUUUCUUUCUUUGCUCUUUUCUUUCUUUCUUUUGCUUUCUCUUCCUUUCAUUCUUUCUUUCUUUUUUCUUUAGUCAUUAGUUUUCUUGAGCUUUUUUUCUUUCUUUCAUUCUUUCUUUCUUUUUUCUUUGCUAGUUUUUUUCUUUCUUUUCUUUUUGCUUUUCUCUUCCUUUCAUUCUUUCUUUCUUUUUUCUUUAUUUUCUUGAGCUUUUUCUUUCUUUCAUUCUUUCUUUCUUUGCUCUUUUCUUUCUUUCUUUUGCUUUCUCUUUCUUUCAUUCUUUCUUUCUUUUUUCUUUGGUCGUUAGUUUUCUUGAUCUUUUUCUUUCUUUCUUUCAUUCUUUCUUUCUUUGCUCUUUUCUUUCUUUCUUUUGCUUUCUCUUUCUUUCAUUCUUUCUUUCUUUUUUCUUUAGUCAUUAGUUUUCUUGAGCUUUUACUUUCUUUCAUUCUUUCUUUCUUUGCUCUUUUCUUUCUUUCUUUUGCUUUCUUUCGUCCUUUCUUUUUCUUUCUUUCUUUUUCUUUAGUCAUUAGUUUUCUUGGCUUUUCUUUCUUUCUUUUUUCUUUCUUUUCUUUCUUUCUUUUUCUUUCUCUUGCUUUCUCUUUCUUUCAUUCUUUCUUUCUUUUUUCUUUAGUCAUUAGUUUUCUUGAGCUUUUUCUUUCUUUCAUUCUUUCUUUCUUUGCUCUUUUCUUUCUUUCUUUUGCUUUCUCUUCCUUUCAUUCUUUCUUUCUUUUUUUUCUUUACUUUUCUUUCUUUCAUUUCUUUCUUUCUUUGCUCUUUUCUUUCUUUCUUUUGCUUUUUCUCUUUCUUUCAUUCUUUCUUUCUUUUUUCUUUGGUCGUUAUUUUUUUCUUGAUCUUUUUCUUUUCUUUCAUUCUUUUCUUUUCUUUUUUCUUUUCUUUCUUUUGCUUUCUCUUUCUUUCAUUCUUUCUUUUUCUUUUUUUUCUUUGGUCGUUAGUUUUCUUGAGCUUUUUUUUUCUUUCUUUCUUUCUUUCUUUCUCUUUUUUUUUUGCUCUUUUUCUUUCUUUCUUUUGCUUUCUCUUUCUUUCAUUCUUUCUUUCUUUUUUUUCUUUGGUCAUCUUUUCUUUUUUUUUUCUUGCUUUUCUUUUUUUCUUUCUUUCAUUUUUUCUUUCUUUGCUCUUUUUUUCUUUCUUUUCUUUUUUUCUCAUUUUUCUUUCUUUCUUUCUUUGGUUUUUCUUUUUCGUUUUUUUUCUUUGGUCUUUUCUUUCUUUGAGCUUUUCUUUCUUUCUUUUUCUUUCUUUCUUUCUUUUUCUUUUUUCUUUCUUUCUUUCAUUCUUUCUUUCUUUUCUUUGGUCGUUAGUUUUCUUGAGCUUUUCUUCUUUCUUUCAUUCUUUCUUUCUUUUUUUUUCUUUUUUUCUUUCUUUUUUUCUUUUUUCUUUCUUUCUUUUCUUUCUUUUUUCUUUUUCUUUUCUCUUUUCGUUUCUUUUUUCUUUUGCUUUUUCUUUCUUUCUUUCUUUUUUCUUUUCAUUACUUUUUUCUUUCUUUCUUUCUUUCUUUCUUUCUUUGCUUUUUUCUUUCUUUCGUUUUUUGCUUUCUCUUUUUUUCAUUCUUUCUUUCUUUUUUUCUUUUGGUCGUUAGUUUUUCUUGAGCUUGGCUUUCUUUUUCUUUCUUUCUUUCUCUUUUCUUUCUUUCUUUUUUCUCUUUCUUUUCUUUCUUUCUUUUUCUUUUCGUUCUUUCUCUUUUUUUCUUUCUUUCUUUUUUCUUUUUUCUUUUGGUCUUUUCUUUUAGUUUUUUUGCUUUUUCUUUCUUUCAUUCUUUCUUUCUUUUUUCUUUUUUUUCUUUUGCUUUUCUUUCUUUCAUUCUUUCUUUGCUCUUUUUUCUUUCUUUUUUUGCUUUUCUUUUCUUUCUUUCUUUUUCUUUUUUUUUCUUUUUCUUUUCUUUCUUUUUCUUUUCUUUUCUUUCUUUUUUCUUUUUCUUUCUUUCAUUCUUUCUUUCUUUUUCUUUUCGUUAGUUUUCUUUUUUUCUUUCUUUUUUCUUUCUUUCUUUUCUUUCUUUCUUUUUCUUUUCUUUGGUCGUUAUUAGUUUUGAGCUUUUUCUUUUUCUUUCUUUCUUUUCUUUUCUUUCUUUUUUUUUUUUUUUUUUUUCUUUCUUUCUUUUUUCUUUUUCUUUUUUUUUUUACUGUUUCUUUCUCUUUUUCUUUCAUUUUUGUUCUUACUUUGAGCUUUCUUUCUCUUUCAUUCUCUCUUUCUUUGUGUUUUUUUUUUCUUUCUCUUUCUUUCUUUCAUCCUUACUUUGCUCUUUCUUUCACUUUUUCUUUCUUUCUUUUAUUCUUUGUUUUUUGCUUUUUUCUUUUUUCUUUCUUUGCUUUCUUUUACUUUUUCUUUCUUUGGUCUUUAUUUUAUUUUUUCUUUCUUUCUUUGCUCUUCUUUUUGCUUUUUUCUCUCUUUUAUUCUUACUUUGCCCUUUCUUUUUCUUUCUUUGUUUCACUAAUUAUUUACCUUAUUCAUGUCUUUCUUUUCCAACACAUUUUCUUUCAUUUUCAUUUAUUCUUUCUCGUCAUUUUCUUACUUUAUAUAUUUUUCUUUCUUUCUUUCUUUCUUUACAAUUUUUUCAGCUUUUACACUUUGAACUUUCAUAAUUUCUCUCAUUUUCUUUCUUUCUUUUUUCAUUAA